AUGCCGCUCUAUCUACUGGAGUUAUCACGGUUGUCGCCAGGGGUGUUGAAGCAACAGAUGUUGCCCGAUUACGAUAUGAAGAUGAAAUCUAAGACCUUAUUUGAGACCUUCAGAGGAAGUGCGCGCGCAUCUAUCUUGAGUAAGGAAUACAUGGGGAUUGCAUCAACUGCUAGUGUGAUAUUAUCGAUGAUGCCCACUUAUUUAUUCUCCUCCUUUGUUGCCUUGUCCGGCGCUGGCGUUAUAGGCGUGAAACGAGACGGCAAUGGCUGGCAUUUGUUCUCAAACCGACGUGGGAUGCCCUCCCCGAUGAAAUGCAAAGCCCUGGAACCAGUGGAUGAUUCGCGACACGACACAGUGGUAGUCGGAAGAGGGUGGCGAGAAUUUGAAGAUAUAAGACGGGGAAGCGAGGUGUAUAUGGCUCUUAAAGGUAAAGAAAAUGUCGCGCUAUUGAGGGCAAAACGCAAUGUCCGCAUCCAGAGGAGGGAUCUUUGCCAUCGUUGGGGAACGGAGCGGCCAAGAUAUCUAGGUGGGUGGCUCCAGCCCAAACUUCUGUCAAUUGCUGAAGAGUGA